AUGGGCGAUCACAUGCAACAGACACAACCGUCUCCUUUCAACUUUUCAAGUUUACUCAACCCCGAUAAGAACGACAACAUGAUUUCAGGCGACGCCAUGGAAACCACUCGUCUCGGACAGCUCAACGAGCUGAAGCCCAAGGGUCCUCUUCCCGGCCAGGCCGCCGAGAAUCCCAAUGAGCUGCCUCGUCCCUACAAGUGCCCUCUGUGCGAUAAGGCCUUCCACCGCCUUGAGCAUCAGACGAGACACAUCCGUACUCACACUGGAGAGAAGCCUCACGCCUGCCAGUACCCUGGCUGCAGCAAGAAGUUUUCCCGCUCUGACGAGCUUACCCGCCACUCCAGAAUUCACAGCAACCCUAACUCGAGGAGAGGCAAGAACCAGUACAACUCUGGUACUCAGUCGCACAUGCCCCAGGAUGGAAUGAUGGCUCCUCCCCCGGCUCCCAAGACGAUUCGAUCUGCGCCUACUUCGAGCCUCUCCUCACCCAAUGUCUCGCCUCCUCAUUCCUUCUCUCAGUACGUCUUGCCUGCCCACACGCUUGGUAGCCCUUACGGCCGCCAGCCUCAGGGCAGCAGCAACAACAACAUGGAUAUCUCCAUCCUGGCCAAGGCGGCCAACCAGGUCGAGCGCGAGACGCUCACCGCGCCUCCUUUCCACGGUCCCGCCGCCAGGCAUCACCCUUACUACUCCCACAGCCUCCACAACUCGCGAGGCCACCUUCCUUCCCUUUCUGCCUACCACAUGUCGAGAUCGCACUCCAACGACGAGCACAACGAUGACCACUACUCUGGCUCUCGUCAUGCAAAGCGAUCUCGGCCCAACUCGCCCAACUCCACGGCACCUUCUUCUCCCACCUUCUCUCACGACUCCCUGUCUCCCACUCCGGAUCACACUCCUAUUGCCACUCCUGCCCACUCCCCGAGACUUCGUCCCAUGGGCUACGAGUUGCCUUCUCUGCGCAACCUCUCUCUGCAACAUGCUGCUCCCCCGGCUCUGGCUCCUCUCGAGCCUCAUCUGGAGACGCCUUACCUGCCGCCUCCUCCUGCCCCUACCAGCGCCGGCACUCCCCGCCCUAACGGUACUUCUCUGACGGACAUCAUCAGCCGGCCAGACGUUAGCAGGAAACUGCCUGUCCCCAAGAUUGGUGUUCACCAACUCCUCGACGGCAACGAUGGUUUCCAGAGCGGCAGGAGUUCUACCACCGGCAGCGUCGCCGGCGGUGACCUCAUGGACCGGAUGUAA